UCCAAGUUAUCCUUAAAGUCAUUGAACCACUUGAAAUUUUAACUUUUAAGCACCGAUUUAUUCCUUCUGACCUUCUUGACAUUAUUUUCUUUUGCAGCUGCUGCUGUUCAUCGGAGAAGAAAGGGAUCUGCACCUGCAAAAAUGGCUAUCAACGAAGGCAAGGAGGAGGCAGAGUUGUUUCAAGCUCAGGCCCAUCUGUAUAAACACGUCUUCAAUUUCAUAGGUUCGAUGUGUCUAAAGAGUGCUCUGCAGCUGAACAUACCAGACAUAAUCCACAGCCAUGGCCGACCCAUCACCCUCCCUGAGCUGCUCUCGGCUCUCCAGAUGGACCCUGCAAAAUCUUCUUAUGUCUAUAGGCUCAUGCGCUUACUGGUUCACUCUGGCCUUUUUUCAACUACCAAAGUCCCUAUAGGUGAAGGGGAAGAAGAGGGGUACGAUCUCACACCUUCCUCUAGACUUCUCCGCAAAGACAAUGUUCCAAGCUUGUUCCCUUUCGUUCAGGCAAUGUUUCAUCCAGCUAUAGUGCAUCCAUCGGAAUGCUUGGGAGAUUGGCUUAGCAGUAAUGAGCCCACCCCCUUUCACACUGCACAUGGGAUGGGAUUUUGGGACUAUCUCAGCCAAAACGAGGAGUUUAACAGACUCUUCAAUCAAGCUAUGAUUAGUGAUUCAAGCAUGAUGAACUUGGUAAUUAAAGAUUGCAGAUCAGUUUUUGAGGGAUUCAAUUCAUUAGUUGAUGUUGGGGGUGGAAAAGGAGCUGUGUCUAGAAUCAUAUCCACGUCAUUGCCUAACCUGCAGUGCACUGUGUUAGAUCUUCCACAUGUUGUUGAAAACUUACAAGACAGCAGAAAUUUGAAGUUCGUUGGAGGGGAUAUGUUUCAGUCUAUUCCUACAGCAGAUGCCAUUCUUCUUAAGUUGGUUUUACAUGCUUACAGUGAUGAAGACUGCGUGAAGGUGCUCAGGAAGUGUAAGGAAGCUAUCGCAAGCAAAGGCAAAGAGGGGAAAGUGAUUAUUAUAGACAUAGUGAUCAAUGAGAAGAAAGAUGAACACGAUUUGAAAGAUGCGAAGCUCUUCUUCGAUGUGUUGAUGAUGACUGUGGUCACUGGAAGAGAGAGAGAAGAAAAAGAAUGGGAGAAGCUGUUCUUGGAAGCAGGGUUCAGUCACUACAAGAUAACACCCAUUUUUGGCGUAAGGUCCCUCAUUGAAGUUUAUCCUUGAAAUCCCUACUCACCAUCACCUGAUGUCUGCCCACUCUGUGUGUUAGUUUACUGUCUUGCUAAGCACAUCUUCUGAACACUAAUGUAAUCAUAAGAUUAGAACUUCAAUGCUUUUUUAUAUUUGGUUACUGAACAAUGUUAAAAAUAUCAUUGUGCUUCCUUCAAUUAUUGUCAAAGUAAAAGUGCGAAUUGAAUCAAUUUAAUCUAAUAA